AUGGCUGACUCUGGGCCUAGUAAGAGCGAUAUUGAGGCAGUUUUUCAAAGAUUACGUUCGAUUCCAGCAAAUAAAGUAUGUUUCGACUGCAACGCCAAAAACCCUACGUGGUCAUCAGUGACAUACGGGGUAUUCAUUUGUCUGGAUUGUUCCGCGGUGCAUCGCAGCCUUGGAGUGCAUCUUACAUUUGUGCGGUCAACACAACUGGACACUAAUUGGACAUGGAAGCAACUGAGGAAUAUGCAAUUAGGUGGCAACAUCAAUGCGACCCAGUAUUUCCGUUCACAUGGACUUGUAACCGAAGAUGCCCGUCAGAAGUAUAGUUCUCGAGUAGCUCAGAUGUACAAAGACAAGCUGAGUGCUAUGUCUGAGCAGGCAAUGAAGACUUAUGGGACUAAGCUUCAUAUAGAGCAGACAGCCGAGGUGAAGGAAAGCAAAGAGGCGGAGGUAGACUGGUUUGCCGAGCAUGCAGAGAGUGCUAACACUAACCAUGUCAUAACUCAGCCGAAUGUGAAUGAAUUUAGUUCGGAGGCUCGUCUGUGGGGCGCCAGUACUGCCGGUGUGGACACUCCACGACCCUCGGCCACACGGGCGCCCUCUAGGAGACCUGCUUUAGGGGUACGUAAAGGUGGUUUGGGUGCUACAAAGGUUGCCGCAAACUUCGAAGACAUUGAACGAGAGGCCAUUCAAGCUGAGAAACUUAAAAAUGAGUCCAAGGCUGCAGAGAGUUCAGCGACUUUGGAGACAGUAGAGAAGGAGGUUGCUUCACUACGACUGGCAUACAGACCCGAUGGAGCUGACCGACUGGGGAUAGCGGCUGCUAACAGGGCUACCGGAGUUGGCGUGUCACACUCCGCGGCGUCUGAUAUGACUACCAUUGAACAGGAGGGAGCGGCGCCGUGUGAAAAGUCUAGUGAUGAAGAUGAAUUUAACGACUUCAAUAACGUGUUUGUUAUGAUCAGGAAUGAGCCUUUCAGUAACAGCCGAGGUCUUGACUCUCUACUCAAUGACACUCCCUCACGCAAGGAACCAGCUUGGGAGAGUAUUGAACCUGAACCGACCCGGAACGUCCGCAGCAUGUUUUCAGACAAACCCACCACUCCCAACAGCUCCAACACCCCCAAGACCUCCAAUAACACCCCCAGGAACAGACCCAAGAAACAGGACUCCGAUGAUGACUCAGCUGUCAAGAAGUUUGGUUCGGCCAAAUCUAUCAGCUCCGCACAAUUCUUUGGUGAACAGGAUUCCCGGUGGGGUGAGAACAACCUGUCUCGUUUUGAAGGUAGCUCGAGUAUUUCAUCAGCCGACUUGUUUGGUACAAGGACUCCAACACAACACAACUCCUUUUCUGUGUCAGCACCCGAUCUUGAUGAGGUUCGUGAAUCAGUGAGAGCGGGCGUAACACGUGUGGCCGGGCGACUAUCGUCGUUGGCUAACGGAGUGGUGUCUUCUAUACAGGAACGCUAUGGUUAUUGA